AUGACGGGCACAGAUACUAGAAGACUGUCCCUAAGAGGUACUGACAGAGCAGCCAUGAGAUCCACAGAAACUUCAAAACCACCAAUGAGGGGCAGAGGUACUGUCAGAUCGUCCAUCGGAGACACAGAUACUGAGACAGCGGUCAUGGAAGCUACAGAUACUGACAGAGCGGCCAUGAGAGAUACAGAUACUGACAGAGCGGCCAUGGAAGAUACAGAUACUGACAGAGCAGCCAUGAGAGAUACAGAUACUGACAGAGCGGCCAUGGAAGAUACAGAUACUGACAGAGCGGUGAUGAUAGAUACAGAUACUGACAGAGCGGCCAUGGAAGAUACAGAUACUGACAAACCGGUGAAGAGAGAUACAGAUACUGACAGAGUGGCCAUGGAAGAGACAGAUACUUACAGAGCAUCCAUGCAAGACACAGAUACUGACACAACAGCCAUGAGAGAUACAGAUACUGAUAGUGCGGUCAUGAGAGAUAAAGAUACUGACAGAGCGGCCUUGAGAGACACCGAUACUGACAAAGCGGCCGUGGGAGAUACAGAUACUGACAGAGCGGCCAUGACAGAUACAGAUACUGACAGAGCGGCCAUGGAAGACACAGAUACUGACAGAACGGCCAUGACAGAGACAGAUACUGACAGAGCGGCCAUGAGAGACACAGAUACUGACAGAGCGACCAUGAUAGAGACAGAGACUGACAGAGCGGCCAUGGAAGAUACAGAUACUGACAGAAUGGCCAUGAGAGACACAGAUACUGACAGAGUGGCCAUGGAAGACACAGAUACUGACAGAAUGGUCAUGAAAGAUUCAGAUACUGACAGAGUGGCCAUGAGAGGAACAGAAACUGACACAGCGGCCAUGGAAGACACAGAUACUGAGACAGUGGCGUAGGAAAUACAGAUACUGACAUAGUGGCCAUGAGAGAUACAGAUAAUGACAUAGCGGCCAUGAGAGGUACAGAUACUGACAGAGCAGCCAUGAUAGAGACAGAGACUGACAGAGCGGCCAUGGAAGAUACUGACAGAGCGGCCAUGGAAGAUACUGACAGAGUGGCCAUGAGAGAAACAGAUACUGACACAGCGGCCAUGGAAGACACAGAUACUGACACAGCGGCGUGGGAAAUACGGAUGCUGACAUAGCGGCCAUGAGAGACACAGAUACUGACAUAGCGGCCAUGAGAGACACAGAUACUGACAGAGCAGCCAUGAGAGACACAGAAACUGACAGAGGGGCCAUGGAGGACAGAGAUACUUACAGAGUGGCCAUGGAAGACACAGAUACUGACAGAGCGACCAUGAGAGGUACAGAUACUGACAGAGCGGCCAUGAAAGGUACAGAUACCCUCAGAGCUUCCAUGAGAGGCAGAAAUACUGUCAGAGCAGCCCUGAGAGGCAGGAAUACCUACAGACCAACCAUGAGGGGCAGAUAUACAGACAGUGAGAACAUGAUGUGCAGACAUAGUCACAGAGCUAUGAAAGGCAGAAAUAAUGACAGAACGACCAUGAGGGUCAGACAUACUGACAGAGCAGCCAUGAAAGGCAGACAUACUGUCAGAGCAGCCACAAGGAGCAGACGUACUGACAGACAAGCCGUGAGGGCCACAGAUACUGGCAGUUCAACCAUAAGAGGCACAGAUUCCAUGAGAGUCAGAAAUACUGUCAGAGCGGUCUUGAGAGGCAGAAGCACCUUCAUAGGCGACAUGAUUUGCAGACAUAGUUACAGAACAACCAUGAGGGGCACAGAUACUAGAAGACUGCCCCUGAGGAGCAGAGGUACUGACGGAGCAGCCGGCACAGAAACUUCAAGAUCACAAAUGACAGGCAGAGGUACUGUCAGAUCGUCCAUCAGAGACACAGAUACUGACAGACCAGCUAUGAGAGGCACUGAUAAUCAGAGACUAUCCAUGAGAGACACACAUACUGGCACAGCAGCCAUGAGAGUUCGAUAUACUGGCAGACGAGCCAUGAGGGGCACCGAUACUGGCACACUUCUCGGGUUUUGUUCUUGCCUAUAAAGCCACCUAAGAUGGCUGCAACACUGGAACCUUGGCAAAACUACGCCAGCCAAGAGGGCCUGACAUGGCAAGAAAACCUCUAAGCUAAAAGUACUGGGAUCUGCCAAGUUUUGUAGCCCCACUUACAAAGCCACCCUACCUUCUCUGCCAUUCCAGAGAAUCGGUAGCUGCUGUGACUCCUCGGUCUUCCUCUGGGCUAGGGAUUCAACUGGAGUCAUAUCCAGCUGCCGUCCAAAUACCCAGAGGGGUUCCAGGAUCACAGAGCUCCCACGGGCCUACGAUCCUGCCACACAGAGAAAGUGGAUCCUUGGACAUGGGGCUCUGGGUCCCAUUAAGGUUGAGUUGCUCCAGGGUGGGCCUCAUUAGACAGCAGAUAACCCAACGAUCUUUGAAAUGCCCAAAGGGAACGAGGGCUGGAGACGAACCCAGCAUGGAGAUGGACUGUCUGGAAAGGCCUAACUGUGGCAUUGGUAAAUCAUACGCUAAAACGCAGUAUAUAUAUGAACACUGUAGAGAUUGGUUUACUCUUUUUUUAUAAUUUUCUUUUUUAUUCGCCUUUCUGUGUGAUGGUGCCCAGUGGUUAAACAAUCUAAACUAUUUUCAUGCAGCCUGUUAUCUAAUAAUCUAAUUUUGUUCAGAUGAAUAGCACCGUAACUCUACAUACAUACCACUAAAAUCUCUCAGGUUACCCGGACGUGGCUAGCUUAAAAGUUUGUACUUAGUGAGUAUACCUAGCAUAUCAUUCAAACAUAUCUGUAUAACGCACUGGACUAGCCUGAUGUGUAGAGGUCGCUAGCAUGAUAUAAGCGCUAUACUUAAUAUGUGCUUACUAAUAUCUUGUGUGGUAUGUAACCUUGCUUUACAUGUUUGUCUUCUAUAAAAAAAGUGCAGUUGGAUGCUUUUUUACUUGUUCCACUAGUUAUGUCUUUCUCACAGCCCUGCAAGGGUUGAACACUUCUAAUGUCUCUGUGUAGGCGGAUUUUGUUAAAUUGAUAUAGUUGGUGUGCAAUGUUUUCAUGCACAUCAAAAAUAAAAAUGUACACAAAAAAAAGGAAAGUUUUAAAUAUGCCCCUUUGAAAAUCAUGGUACGUCUUCUUUAAAAAAGUAUAUACUUCUUGUAGUUAUUUGGAGUUCAAAACCACAAUUAACCCCUUAGGGACAUUGUGCGUGCUAUGUCUUCCUGAAAAAUGUGGGGCUUUAACACUGCAGAUAUACAUACAACGAAAUGCACAAAUUUGGUUGUAUUUAUCCGUAUAUCAUUGUAUGUACCUGUGUAUAAUGUAUUUUAACUUGUGUAUAUUUGUACAUAUACACUACUUGUGUGUGUGUAUAUGUGCAUCUGUGUGUGUGUCUGUGAAUAUGUGUAUGUUGUAUAUAGGCCUUCAUGCAUAUUCUCGAACUCUUGGAUGUGAAUUCAUGCAUUAUUAAUUAAGUAAUUAUUUUUUCACUCUCCCCUUGUAGCACCAUCUUCUGCACUGUUUGCUUGUUUUUUUCCCUCUCUCUCCCCCCUCACUCUGUGAUCUUCACAUGAUAUUUACAACCCUGUAAGAAUGGUGUAUAUGUUCUAUCAAACCUGUGGCUUAUCUGCACUCAUGUCGCCUACCUGAAAACCCAGGCAGAAAGUCCAGAGAAUUUAAUUUGCAAGCCCUAUAUUUAACCCUUUCCAAAGCACCAUAAAACCUGGCCAAGGGGGGUAGUGUUGAACUCAGGAGACUUUGCUGAACACAAAUAUGAGUGUUUUAAAACAGUAAAUGGUAUCAUGACAAUGAUAUCAUCAGGAAGGAGCACAUUGUGUGUGAAAAACGCCAAAAAACGAUUUUUCUUUCCUGGGCUCUGCAAAAGUAAGUUGCCGAGUUACGGGUUAAAUAUAGGACUUUCCAUUUUUCAAUUUUUACACAUUGAAAUUUUCCAGAUUGGUUUGCUGUUCUUGUUAAAGGGAUUCUCCAGUGCCAGGAAAACAUAUCCCACCCCCCAUCCCAAGUUGCUGAAGGGGUUAAUACCCCUUCAGUGACUUACCGGAGUCCAGCGCCGGGUCAGCCAGUGGGUCACUGGGACAGGCUCCGCCUAUGCUCCUCCCCCGCCGACAUCAGCUGGCGGGUGAGACCUAAUUCCUAUGGGGAUUUCGGCGACGCUGGAGGUCCUCACAUAAUGUGAGGAUGUCCAGCGUAGUUUUAAAGCCCUUUUUAGUGUUCUUUGAACACGGAAGUCUCCUCUAGUAGCUGUCUAGUAGAGGAGGACUUAACCCUGCAAGGAAAAAAAAUGCAGUUUAUGAAAACUGCAAUAAUUACACUUGCAGGGUUAAGGGUAGUGGGAGUUGGAACCCAGACCACUCCAAUGGGCAGAAGUGGUCUGGGUGCCUGGAGUGUCCCUUUAAUGCAACUCAUCAGCAUGGUUACUGGCUUGCUAUUGAGGCUUGGGGUACAAACCUAGAAAGUUAUAAUGGGGAAAAAAGUGAUUGGAAACCCCUUCCACCUGAAGUCAAUGGAUAGUCAAUACAUUGUUAAUCACAGAUCUGCACACCAGGGAUGGAUGGAUGGAUGGAUGGAUAGAUAGAUAGAUAGAUAUCAAAAUACACGUAAUACGAGGUGUAACAUAGGUCAUACACACAACACACUGCAAGCAGCUACCCCACACACACGGUCCCAGACACAAACAUACAUAAUAAUAUGCUCACAGAGACAUACAUUCACACACAAGCAUACUCCCUGUCAGACACACACUCUCUGUCCCAUAAUCGGGUACACAAUGCCACACACAGAAAUACACACAGCCAGAUAAAGAUUGUGAAUGUAUAUUUGUAUUUUCAAUGUGUGUGUCACUGUGCAUCACAGUGCACUUUAUCUUUGGAUUUAUAUGGUUAUAUGUGAUUGGAGCUUUUUCACAACAUAUAGUGCUGCUUAUCGUAUAUUUAUUAUUGAAGGGUAACAAUUGUUUUAGCGCCAUACUAUUACUUGUGUGUUUUUUGCAAACUGUGCAUCACUGUGUUUGUGUGUGGAUGCAUGUAUGCGUAUCAAGGUGUGUAUGUGUUUGUGCAUUAGUGCGUGUAUGUGUGCACUUAUUAGUGUGUGUGUCUAUGGCUGCAAUGUGAGGGUUGUAUGGCUUGGGCAUUAGGAAAUAAUAGUUACCGCGGUGCUUACAGCACUGCUCGUUCUUGGCUGUUCAAAAAAUGAUUUUAUCUUACGACAGUGUUGCUCACAAUCAACGCGUUUCUAUCAUUGUGAUAAAGUGUCAUACGACACAAAGCACAUUGAUUGUGAGCCAGACUAUCGGAGUGAAGCCUUAAUGGAAUAGUUUAACUAUAACAGUUAUAUAGCUUUUUCAUUUAAUUAUUAAUAAAACAUUUUCUGUAAAGAUAUGAAUGAAAACAUAUUACAGUAACAAAAACACUGACACUAGUUCUAAAAAUUGGUAGAUGGUAGAAGGGUAAAUUACAAUCGAUGAUGCUAAUUGGCAGCAUAAUCAUCUAUAGUAAGAUUACCUUACUUGUAAAGAAAUUAUUUCUGGUGUGUUUGGCUUGAAAAUGUUUAGAAAAAUCUAAUAUUUCAGCUUUGAAAAUAAAAAUGAGUGGGGUUAGUUACUAACCAUAGAGAUGAAGAAAUAACUGACCAGAGAGUUUCCUAUUUCUGGAUAAAUUAGCAUUUUUGCCUUGCCACUUUUUAUAGCUGAAAUGAUAAUCUCCUUGAAUAAUGAAUACAUACUCCCAUUGUAAUACAUAUAUUAAACUUGAUUGAAAAAGAAUGCAUUAAAACUUCAUUGUAAAGUUAACAGUAGAUGAACUGAUUUUUAAAGUAGUUUGUGGAUUAAACUGCUACGCAGAUUUUCCAUUAUAAUUUAAUGCAACAUAUGAUAUUAGAAAGAAAAAAAAAUGGAAAACAAUUAUCACCUUUUGAUAGGUAAUAAGCCCUGGGGAGUUAUGUGCAUGUGACUGGGGGAGAUUGUGGCAGUAAUUACAGACAGACACAAUGUAACACAGAACUUCCAACAUGCCACGUCUACAGCCCCCUUGUAAGCAGGGGGUGGGAGGGGAGAUUAAAAACACUUUUUAUUAAAAUAAAUAUAGACAUGCACUUAAUUCUUAAAGGCCUGAAUGGGGCAGUUUUUAUACCAGCUGAGAUCCCUAAUACAUUGUGUGUUAGCUUUGUCUUCAUUCCAAUCUACACCCUAUCAUACAUACUAACUCCUCGUGGAUUUGGAUAGAAUGAAUACAAGUGGCAUUACGUACUGCUAUGGACUGUAACUCCCAUCAUGCUUUUACUUAUUUAGCAUGAUGGUAAUGGUGAUCCACAAUAGGUGCAGGGUUAAGGUUCGCCCAUUUUAGGGUCUGGGCUCAGACAAAAUUAAGGAUCUGUGCCCCGAGGAAUGAAGAUCUAGAAGAAAAAAAGCAAUAGGAUAGACUGGCUAAGGUUAGUGGCCUUUGCAGGAGUGCCAGGUAAGGGCAUUAGUUAGGGGGAGCAGCACUCACCGAGCCCCGGUAUUUCUCCAGGGAGACCAGUUUGCCCCUUAUAUUGACCAGUUUGAAGGUGUAAAAGUCCCUGUCCUUCUGUAGGGACGGGGGCAAUAAGGAGAGCAAGAGCAUCAGCACCGCUGGGAACAUGGUACAGUACGAACUACUCCUGGGGCUGCAGCAAAGCACAGGACCACUGCUGCAAAAGAGCCUUCCCCACUACUGGGAGGGGCAAUGGCAGUAACCCUUUAACUCCUUCUGCACACAGGCUGUAACAAAGUCCUUAAUAUAAUGAGAAACAGCUAUCUGUGCAUUUAACCUAAUAAGGACUGCGACUCCAAUCUCGCCCAGUCAGCAUUUUGGCUUAAUCCUUGCACUCAAAGAAAAUCACAGCUGGUAUUCCAUCCAGAUCCAGAUACCAAUCCAUAUACAACCAGCCAGCCUUAGGUAACUGCAAUCAGUAACAGGCAGACAAUGAGAGAGUUCUGCGCUGGCUAAGCAUAUUAUGAGUUGCAGUCCAGUCAGCGGUUGUCUUAUUGCUUCCACAUUCCAAACUGCAGUACUAGCUGGGUAUCAAACUGCCCUGCUCAUAUUCUGUGUAACACUUGCAGUAUACAAGAGAUCAUGCUGGGAUGGGCUAUGGCUGAAUUCUUUCAGAUCAGCUCUAUAUCAUUUUUCAAAUCAGUUUGUAAUUUACUGCAAUUCGGUUUAUUAUGAAUAAGCUGAAGCAGUUAUUUACUACCGUGUGAAUUGUAAACUCGUUCGAGCAGGGCUUCUCAACACUGUCUGUCCCUCUGCUUCCAACUCCUCCUGUUUCAAAUACAUGUACUGUAUGUUAGACCACCUACCUAUUGUAUUUCAAAUGUUAAGCCAAAAUCGCAGAAUUUUUAAAAUAAAUAUAUAUAUAUAAUUAAUAAUAAUAAUAAUAAAAAAAAAAACUCGAGCCUUCCAAUUUGGCUAUUUUGACCUACAAUUUUGAAUUCACCACAAUUCUAACUUCAGUUAAUAACCCAUACAAAGUAUGCAAAUCUCUGAUUUUUUUUAUACAGUGCCAACUUCUCUAGGCAGAACACAUAAACAGCUUACAGUAAACUGCAAGGCACACUGUGUCCACUUGAUGUCCUACUUUACCUAUGUAUGAUUGGUUUUGUACCCUUUAUAGUACUCCAAAGGUUUUUAAGGUGUUUGUUACCCCAAUCUACUGGGCAUUUUUCAAAAUAUUGUGUGUACAGCACAUGGUGUGCCAUAUGCUAGGGCAACUGAAUUAUGUCAUAAGGUUGCCAAAUCUGACAUGUUUUUUCUAAAUUCACUUAUUCUUAAUGGAGACUUAUCAAGUCACACAAUGGGGGAGAUAUAUCACAAAGUGUUCUAAAAGGGGCCUUUUGUUCUUACUUUCUAAUCUGUUUUUAUUUUAUAAAAAUAUUGUCUAAAAAAUGCUAAGUUUGCUUUGUAUAUAGUGUGCCAUUUAUUGCAAAAACAGCCAUUUUCUGAUUACACCACCAAAUGUAAAGUGGUGGAAAAAAGAAAAGUGCAACACAACAUAUGUCUGGCAGAAAUCAUGACGGAAAGAUUGUAAAUCCACAUACAAUGAAGCAUGGCAGUUUGGUAAAAUAACCACACAAAAAAAAGAGAAUAAUUGACAGAUUUGUUUUUAAUAGUGCUGAAAAAUAAACCCCCUAUUCCCUAAACAGGGCUGUCUUAAAUGCAUAAUAGGCCCCCAAGAAAAGCAGUGCAGGGGUCCUGCCUACACAACCAUCACAGGAAUAAAAACAGAAAUUAUCAAUAAAAUUAAGCUUAUAUUUAUUGCUUUUUCAGAAAUACAAUACGCAUACAAUACACACACACAGACUGCUGAAUACAUUCACAGACAGAUUGCUGAAUAUACACAGACUACUGAAUACACACAGACUGUUGAAUAAAUACACAGACUGCUAAAUACACACAGAAAGACAGCUACACACACACACACACACAGACUGCUGAAUACACACACAUACAUACAGACUGCACUGUGUGAGUAGGGAUUCAGUGUGUGUAGUGGUACUGUGUGUGUGUGUGUGUGUGUGUGUAGGGGUUCAGUGUGUGUGUUAGAUGUGCAAUGUGUGUGAUGGGUGCAUUAUACGUGUGAAGGGUGCAGUAUGUGUGUGCACGUGUAGUGGUGUAGUGUGUGAGAGGUACAAUGUGUGUGUGAGGGGUGCAGUGUUCGUUGCCAUGAUAACCCUCGGCAAUGCUCUGACCUGCCUACUCGUGGAGAGAAUACAAAGCCUCCGGGGUCCUUCCUCCCUUCUUCUGCAGCAGCGAACUGCCUGGAGGCCAUUGAGAGGAAUAUUUGAUCUCCCCACCGGCCCGAGAAGAAUGACAUCGAGGCCUGGUCUGCAUGGGCCGGCAGGGGAGAUGAACAGAUCCUGUCUGUCUCAUCUCAUGGGCAUCGCUUGGGGCCCCUAUGCUUGUGGGGCCCCAGUUAACUGUCCAGCAUGCUCAUGUAGAAAGAGGGCCCUUAUAUCAUCUUUUCACAAUAAGGAGUGCUGGAAAUCUUUUUUGUUUAUCCUUUGAUACUUAUCCAGGAAGGAGUAACCGGAGUCAUUGCAGCCUUAAAAGGAUCACAAUAGGGCCAGGAACACAAACAUGUAUUCCUGACCCUAUAGUGUUAAAACCACCAUCUAGCCCCUGGGCCCCUCAUGCCUCCAUAAAUAUAGAAAAAUCUUACUGUAUUCAAGCCAGAAGUUGUAACUCUGCAUGCUGUUUGCCUCAAAAAAAAAAACAAGCAGUCUGCUGACAUCAUCAGAAGUGGUAGCAUGAUCCAAUCACAAUGCUGAGACUGACAUAGAGGCAGAUCAGGGGCAGAGCCAGCAUGAUUCAAACACAGUCCUGGCCAAUCAGCAUCUCCUCAUAGAGAUGAAUUGAAUCAAUGAAUCUCUAUGAGGAAAGUUCAGUGUCUGCAUGCAGAGGGAGGAGACACUAAAUGUUUGGAUGCAUUUUAGGCAGCCAUGACCCAGGAAGGAUCUGUAACAGCCAUCUGAGGAGUGGCCAGUGAAGUUAUCACUAGGCUGUAAUGUAAACACUGCAUUUUCUCUGAAAAGACAGUGUUUACAGCAAAAAGCCUGAAGGUAAUGAUUCUACUCACCAGAACAAAUUCAAUAGGCUGUAGUUGUUCUGGUGACUUUAGUGUCCCUUUAAUUUAGAACAAGAACAAUGUAUCUUAUUUAAGCAGACUGAUUUCUAAACAAAUUUAUUGUAAUUUAAAGGAACACUAUAGUGUUAGAAAUACAAAACUGUAUUCCUUACACUAUACUGUCCUUCUACCCCAGUGCUCCAAAUAUAUUGUUAAAGGAACACUAUAAUGUGAGGAAUACAGUAAUGUUAAAAACACUAUUUAGUUCCCCCCCCUCACCCCCCCCCACUCCUUGCUACACCUUAAAAGAGUAAUAAACUCACCUUUAUUCCAGUAAUGCGCUGGUUCUGCCCCAGCCUUGCCUCCUUGGCUGAGAUCAUCAGAAUUGAUGAUCUUAUCAAAUGUAAUGCUCUCCUAAAGGAAAGUAUUCAGAGGCUAUUGCGCAUGCAGAGCACUGCGCCAAUCUGCAUCUCCUCAUAGAGAUGCAUUGAAUCACUGCAUGUCAACAGGUAAAGUUCAGUGCCUCCAUGCAGCACUUCAUGUUGUGCAGCACUGACCCAGAAAGCACCUCUAGUGGCUGUCUGAGUGACUGCCAUUGGAGAUGUCCCUAGGCAGCAAUGUAAACACUGCAUUUUCUAUGAAAGGUUAGUGUUUACAUUAAAAUGCCUGCAGGGACAUUCUAUACUCACCAGAACAACUACAUUAAGCUGUAGUUGUUCUGGUGACUAUAGUGUCCCUUUAAACUGUUAUUAGUACAGUAACUACUAUAUAUGUGCUGAAAUUGAUGUGACAGAAAUAGGGUUGCCAGAUCCUCUAUGUUUUCCUGGAUACAUCGAAUUAAAUGUAUUCAUUUUUAUGUGCAACAUACCACCCGACCAUCCUACAUUCAUAAGAACAGUCCUGAUUUUGCACAGAUAUACACUGUUAAUAGGCUGGCCCCACACAAACUUGGUCCCCCAUUCAUAUUUCCAUAAUGUAGGGAGAAAAAGAAUAGUGCUGUUUGUAGAAUUCAAAUUGGGAAAUCCAGUCAUGAAUUAUGUAUUCUGCAGGGCAGCACUUUUCAUGUGUUGCCCAUCAACAUGUAUAAGUGAUAUUUGUGAAGGCAAACAUGAUGGAUCUGGCUGCACGAGACAGAGAGGUGGAGAAAGAGCUAUAGAGCAGGGAUUCACAACCCAGUUCUCAAGUACCCCCAUCAGUCUAGGACUUAGGGAUUACCCUGUUGUGACUGAAGUGUAUUUUUUUUCUUUUUCUAAAGACACCUUACAUACAAAUGGGUAAUCUUUAAAACCAGGACUCUUAGGGGAUACUUAAGGACUGGGUUGGGAACCACUGCUAUAGAGGGUUCUCCUGCUCUAGCACGUAACUCAGUUAUUGCCGCCCAUAGCCAUGGUGCUAGUACAGCUCUUGAUUGAUAUGUAAUGUUCAAAAUUAAUUGUCUCCUCUAUUCUUUAACAGAGUGCUGUGUGUUCCAUGACAGGUACACUUUUAGCCAUUUUUCUAUGGAAAAGCCUGUUUGACUAUGGAGGUGUCUGCACCCAGAAUUAUGAGCUAGCCAGAGUGUCAUAGGGCUCCCAAUCAGUGCUGCUCAUAGACUAACUGUUGAUUUAUUUUUUGCCUGCGUAUUGCUUAUAUGAUCAUUCUUUGCGGAUAUUGAAAAUUUUAUAAACUGCAAUUGCAAUGACACAUUCCAGAAUGAACAGCUACAUUUAAUUGGUUAACAUGGUAACUGUGUCAAUAAUACAACUUCUAUCCAUCUUUGGUAAACUGGAGCAAAGUCUGAAUCCAUUUCUCAACAUAAUGGGGAGACUUCUUAAAGCAAUUCAGGUCAAUCGAGAGAGUUUCCUAUUUGAGGCAAAUUUGGAGAUUGGAUGACAAGCAGGUUAUUCACUAAGAGUAUAAGGAAUUCCAACUGAAUUUAACAUUUUAGCUCAAUACACAAAUUGGAAAAACAUCUGUAUCAAAUGUUCUUUUAGUUAUGAAACUUAGGCCUGAAAUUUGUUAUUAACUUUUAAUAAUUCACAUUUAAUAACAUUUUUAACUUUGGGAAUUUAGCAGCAAAUCUGCCAAACAACAGCUUCAAAAUUGUAACUUAGAAUUUGGAUUUUAGAGAAUAAUCCCCCUUUUUUUUUUUUUUUUACUAUGCUGCCUAUUGGAUUCCGUACCUGCCAAUUUUGGCAAGGUUAUUCAUUUGUAGCCCAACCAAUCAGAGCGCUUUGACAGGCAAGUCUCAUCUCUCAUUAGGUGGGAAAAUUCUUUGCAAUCUAACCAAUCAGAGCGAUUUCAAAGUGUGGGAAAGCCUUUAUAAAGGGUUCCCUUAGGUUGAAAGCUCAGUCUGUGGGUAGCCCUGAAAGGGCUCACAUGAGUUUUAAGGGGGGUGGUGGUUUUGCGUCGUGGUUUUUAUUUCUUCGUCGGGUUAUUUAUUUAUUUUAAUUUGGGAUUUUUAAAGUAGCACCAGAAUGAAGUACUUUUUAAGGGGCUGAAAAAAAAAAUUUAGUAGAAAGACUUCUGUAGGUAAGUAUUUAUUGUCCCCUUCAUUAUUGGGGUGAGGGGGUAGGUAGGGCAUAACUCUUAUUGGUAGUGGGGUUAUCUGGAAACUUGUGGAAACUUAGCCAUUGGGUAGGAGUAAGGUGCUAGUGGACAAAUAGCAUAUCCAUCCCCCUUAUCACCUCUAAUAACACCAGCAGGAGCCCAUGGGUAGGAGUUAAACAGUGGCCACCUUUUGACCAUGAGUGGGGUUUUAGGGGAGGCAGUGGCAUGCAGGAAUGGGGGCUGGGGGAGGUAGUGGCAUGCACCCCUCUUUGGCCCAUGAGUGGGGGCUAGGGGAGGCAGUGGCAUGCACCCCUCUUUGGCCCAUGAGUGGGGGCUAGGGGAGGCAGUGGCAUGCACCCCUCUUUGGCCCAUGAGUGGGGGCUAGGGGAGGCAGUGGCAUGCACACCCCUCUGAGUCCCCCCCCGACUUGCCCCCUGCUCCCCUCUGCCUGUCAGUGGCAGCCCUGGCCCCGCCCCCGCUCCCAUCGUGCAGUGCGCGGCGGACAUGGCGGCCGUGUGAACUGUGUGUUCGGGGCCUGCACAGCGGGAAGAGCCGGACAUGGCGGCCCCGCGCACGCUUCGCGCUUAGCGCCCACCGGGGGGCAGAGUUACCCGUCGCGGCCUAGCGAGCCCCGGUCUCUGGUAGGCACCCUGCCGCCCUGCGCUGCGUGAGCCCGGGCUUGUUGUGAGGAGAGCUCGAGGACCGGGAGGGGGCGGCCUGGAGGUGUGUCUGUGUUUACAGUGUGAGUUCUGUCCGGCUGCUGGGAUUACACGGGCAGCACUGUGGCUGAGCAUCAUGGGAGCUGGAGUCCAUAGCAGGUCAGCCCUCCCUGAGCUACAGGGACCUGCUGUGUCUCUGCUGGAGCUCUGUCAGCUUUGUUUGUUUGUGCAUGUGGGAGUGUCUGCAUCCUGGGGCAUCCCCCAUUUAUUAAAUCAUUAUAUUCAGAUUGUCCUAUCCCCAUUUAUUAAGUCAUUAUAUUCAGAUUGUCCCAUCCCCAUUUAUUAAAUCAUUAUAUUCAGAUUGUCCCAUCCCCAUUUAUUAAAUCAUUAUAUUCAGAUUGUCCCAUCCCAAUUUAUUAAAUCAUUAUAUUCAGAUUGUCCCAUCCCCAUUUAUUAAAUCAUUAUAUUCAGAUUGUCCUAUCCCCACUUAUUAAAUCAUUAUAUUCAGAUUGUCCUAUCCCCAUUUAUUAAAUCAUUAUAUUCAGAUUGCCCCAUCCCCACUUAUUAAAUCAUUAUAUUCAGAUUGUCCUAUCCCCAUUUAUUAACUCAUUAUAUUCAGAUUGUCUUAUCCCCAUUUAUUAAAUCAUUAUAUUCAGAUUGUCUUAUCCCUUAUUUAUUAAAUCAUUAUAUUCAGAUUGUCUUAUCCCUUAUUUAUUAAAUCAUUAUAUUCAGAUUGUCUUAUCCCUUAUUUAUUAAAUCAUUAUAUUCAGAUUGUCUUAUCCCUUAUUUAUUAAAUCAUUAUAUUCAGAUUGUCUUAUCCCUUAUUUAUUAAAUCAUUAUAUUCAGAUUGUCUUAUCCCUUAUUUAUUAAAUCAUUAUAUUCAGAUUGUCUUAUCCCUUAUUUAUUAAAUCAUUAUAUUCAGAUUGUCUUAUCCCUUAUUUAUUAAAUCAUUAUAUUCAGAUUGUCUUAUCCCUUAUUUAUUAAAUCAUUAUAUUCAGAUUGUCUUAUCCCUUAUUUAUUAAAUCAUUAUAUUCAGAUUGUCUUAUCCCUUAUUUAUUAAAUCAUUAUAUUCAGAUUGUCCUAUCCCUUAUUUAUUAAAUCAUUAUAUUCAGAUUGUCCUAUCCCUUAUUUAUUAAAUCAUUAUGUUCAGAUUGUCCUAUCCCUUAUUUAUUAAAUCAUUAUGUUCAGAUUGUCCUAUCCCUUAUUUAUUAAAUCAUUAUGUUCAGAUUGUCCUAUCCCUUAUUUAUUAAAUCAUUAUAUUCAGAUUGUCCUAUCCCUUAAUUAUUAAAUCAUUAUAUUCAGAUUGUCCUAUCCCUUAAUUAUUAAAUCAUUCUAUUCAGAUUGUCCUAUCCCUUAAUUAUUAAAUCAUUAUAUUCAGAUUGUCCUAUCCCUUAUUUAUUAAAUCAUUAUAUUCAGAUUGUCCUAUCCCUUAUUUAUUAAAUCAUUAUAUUCAGAUUGUCCUAUCCCUUAUUUAUUAAAUCAUUAUAUUCAGAUUGUGUUCACCUGAUAUCAUGGUUAAAGGGAUUUGUACACAACUUGUAGUGUUUUUACAGAUUGUUUAUUUAGAAUCUGUCCUCAUGACAUCCCUGUGUUUACACUUAGAAUUUAUCCACACAAUGUCACUGUAUUCUCAUAAUCUAAUUAUAUCAUGGUAAUCGGUUUAUAAGUAAAUGAUGCCCACUUCAUGCCACAGUUUUAUUGUUUAAAUUUCUCCAUGAUGUCACUGUCUAUUUUAUUUGGAAAUUGCCCACCUGAUAUCACUGAUUCUCAACAUAUGUUGUCCAUGUUGUUACUGUGUUUAUAUUUUGUUUAGAAUCUUGUCAGCCUGAUACCAUGUUUAUAUAAAUUCUGUCCACAUGAUGUCACUGCUGCUGUAUGUUAUCUGUGCCUCUGUGUUUACAUUCUGUCUGCAUCAUGCUGUAUCUCCUGUUAAUUCUACUUUUGACUUGUGGGCCUGAUAGAUAAUUAGGGUGACUGUUUAUUGAAAGUGGUUUGUGGUAGUGUGACCCAACUAACCAAAAAGCCUUAAUUGGGUUAGAUUUUAUGCUGGAAGAAAAUAAAUAAAAUGUAGAGGCUUGACUUUGUAAGGUGGUAAUUUCUAGUUAUAUCAGUAAAUGUAGAAAUGUGUGGACUAGUCUCUUAACAGACAUAACCGAUUUCAUAUAGUACAAUAACUGAAGACACAAAGUGGUGAACGGGGGGCGGGGCCUGCCAGCCGAGAUGGCCAGUCGCAUGUCCUAGGAGCUCUUGCAACAAAUGGCAAAUAUGAGCUGAAACCGAGCGACACUAUUAUGUUGGAGGCACAAAGUGACCGGGAACAGACACAGAGCAACAUGACAAACGAAACGGUACCUGUCCGGCACUGGUGCACUGAGGAAAAACCUCCAUCGGCCAUACGGCCUAAACCAGAGCAAAGCCUGAGGUCUGGGAGAGGCGGCCAAUCUCCCGACAUGGGACAAGCACACAAGCAAGUGUCUACUACAACCCUGCUACCCCCCCUCUGGACCGGUGGGGGACAUCCCGGUCCUCGCUGGGGGCGAUCACCCCCACACUACCGCCUAACCAAGCGACUAAACCUCCAGCCAAAUGAGACUAACUGAGCCCAGCCAAGAUGGCGGCUCAAAAGCAGCCUAUGACCCAGCGAACACCUAUUAAGCCGCCCAGGCACACACUGGAGUUUGUUGGCUGGCUAUGCACCUAUCUCUGGGUGAAGCUUAAAAACAGGAGACAGACCUACAAGCUAGCAGUGAGAGAAGCAAAGGCGUGGAUACACCUGGCUACCCGAUGCCACCUGCAGGAGUACCCACCUAGUAUCUCACGAGCAGCCUCCAGAUGGAAACGAAGCAGAGGAUCAACAUGGCAGGAAAAGGCGCCGGGGCCCUCUGACAGAAACGAUAAUGACCCAGAGCCUCAGAAUAGGACCAACUGGCACGAAUAACUCUGAACCAGCACAGCGUAAACCCUCGCGAUGCUCACAAAGCCUGCUACGACACUGACCAGUCCCAUGGGCCGCAUCCCUGGGACACGUGAGAACAGCUCCCGGCUGCACCACCGAUGGAAGAACCUGCUGGAAAUGCCCUGCGACAGCUCACUGGGAGGCUUGCACACCUUCUGCCACAUGGGGUCAUCGGCUGAGAAGGACCAUCUGACAGGACUCAUGGGACUUUGUGACUAUACCCAUCGAUGGGAAACAUAGGGAUUGCUGCCGGGGGAAGCCGUGGUCAGAUGGGCUGCCAAUGGGGACUAAGCAUUAAGGCAUGUCAGACUCACUGCUUGGCAUUUUUCAUUAGAAGGCACAUGUCUAGAUAAUUUAACGCUAAGACAUAACGAUUUUGAAUCUUUGUUUUCUUUAAUUUGCUUCAGGUUCAGAGAAGCCUCCCAUUUUACUGCUUUGUAAUAGCUUUAAACAUACAGGAGUAUCUCCUGAAAUGAGUAACUAAUGUCUCUACAUGUUCCUAGUCUGGUAGCCACUGGCACCCUAUCGGUCUUCCUCCCUAGCCCGUUUACCCAACACUAAAGGCCCCUAUGCACUAGUACAGAUUGUGUGCUGUUUUCUGCUGUUUAGCAAUAGCACUAUAUACGACAACAUGCUAGAAUGAAUGCUCACCCAAGCUGUUAGCACUGCAAGCCAGACUAGCAAUGUCUCUAUAUCUAGAAUGAAUCUUGUUGCAAGUUAUAUUGUUUAUUCGCCUGUAUAAUAACCGAUUGAACAAAGCCUGCUUAAAAUAUAGAAAAUGUGCCUGUUAAACAUUUGUCCCGCAUGUUAUGCAAGGAAAAGCCUGUGGACUGCUUUUGGGGCACCUCAGACCUAAUUGUAUCAUUCACUAUGCACUGCAAAAAUAAAAAAAUUAAAGGAAAAAAGUGGUGAACGAUGUAAGUGCCAAAAAAAAUUCAAACCCUCCUACGUUUAAGUGUCAAAUGAGCAAUGCUUUAUAAUGUGAAAAGUGGCUGCUAGUCCUCAAAGUAGUUCAAAAAAGCAUGUAAAGAGGUCACGCAAGUGCCAGAAAUGUGCAAAAGUUUUUUACGACUUCCCAACAUUUUUGCUUUUGGCACAUACUACGUUUAACACUUUUAGUCCUCAAUUUAAGAUGGCUUGGGCAGAAAACAACGCCCAAAGCAUGCAAUUUGGCUUUCAUUUGCAGACAUAUUUGUGUUGCAUUCUCUCCUAUGACUAAAGGGAUGUUCUAAGCAACAAAACUUCAGUAUGUCCCCUGCAUUCUCGCUGCUCUAUUUGAAGCCAUUUAGGAGUGAAAUUGUUUGUUUAUGCAGCCCUGGCUGUGACUCGGCCUCCAGGAAAAAAAUGGUUUCACUUUCAAUCAGAUCACUAGCAUCAUUUGCUUUAAAAGUUUAUAUACUGCUUUUUUUAUAUAUAACUUUACUCACACCUGCUCCUGCAAACUAUUGAGAGGACAUAAAAAAAUUCUAAACUAAAUAAAGUUCAAAUUAGAUCUAGCUACAGGAAAUGUGUAGGGAGACUGCACUUCACAGCCUGGAGAGGAGUUUCUGGGAUUGUAGAAAGUGAUUUGACUUCAAGUGGCGUUGUCACACCAUACAUUUUCCCAAUCUCUUGCAUAGCAAGACCACUUAAUGUUAUCUCACUAUUAUUAUCCUAACUCCACCCACAAUUUUUACACUACAUAGACAGUAAUAUACCAAAACGUGCAGAUUGUUCCCGAUCGGAUUGCUAUUACUUUGUGGAACGUUUCGCCGAAUGGUUCACGGCAUAGUCGUUCUUGUGGCGAAAUUGGUCCCAUAGGAAUGAAUGGCAAAAUGCUCAAAACUAGAGUGGGAGCUGUCAAAAGCUGAAAAAUCAAGACAUGAUUUCUAAACUGCCACCACUCCCUCAUUUUCAAGCCCACCUACACAAAUCUUAUAUCAAAACGUUCAGCUAUCCCUGCUGCUACUAAAAAUGUCCACGGCUAAGCCAUAGUCCUGAUAGUUUGCACGAUAUGACCAUUUGUUUGCAACUCAUGCCGUCCAUUGACAUUCAUUGAAACUCCACUCUAGCCAGCUUAAACUUGAAGGGCAAUUUCUAAACUGCGCCUUCAUUUUUUAAUACUUCAGAGACAUAAUAUGCAUCAAAAUGUAGGUCUGGGUCUUUUGAUUUUCACAAUAUAAAGCUCUUCACUGUAGGCUGUAUAGUUUUUAAAAUAAGACCAUUUGAAGAUGGCAACUGCCAAAAUACUGACCUGUGCCAGGCUGCAGCAGCAAGUGAUGUCAUAGACAGGGCCUUUUGUACACCUGCUAAUGUUUUUAUAAAUGUAUGUUUUAAUGUAACUCUGAAGCACGUUGGGCAACAACGUUGCAAUUAAAUGUGCUCUAUAAAUAAAGUUACUCAGCCCACUCCAGUUGUAGACUACUGGUGGAGGCAAGAACACUUCACACAAUUUCCCCAGAAAUUGUAGCUUUCUAGCUUUAAUUUGUUUUCAUUUUAAUCUUUCUAACUAAAAACUUACUACAAAGUAGGGACUACUUUGCCUUAUGUAUCAUUCCUGCGCCUGACUGUUAGACACAGGGUUGAGCUAGUGCCAAUCCAACUGGCUGCAGGGCAUUGGCUUGGUCUAUGGAGGAUCCUGCAGUCUUGCGGGAAUCUUCAUAGACUUCAAUGAUGUACUCUCGCACAUGCAGGAGUACAGCAGUGACAGUGGCUCCAGGAGCUGGAGGGCCCACAGGAGGAAGAUAGUGGCACCCUCAAGGAACAGGAGCAGGUAAGCUGAACUCUUUUUCCUGCCUCCUGUGGCCACCAGACACAAGCAGAGAUGUCACUGUCAUUUUUUACUUUAAUAUUGCUAUUUAUAUUGCGCCAACUUAUUCUGCAGUGCUUUACACUAUUAACAGGGGACAUUUAACAAUAAAUAAGACACUUACAAAAUGAUACCGGAACAAUAGGUAGAUGAUGACCCUGCUCAAAGGAGUUUACUGUCAGGGCUCUUUGCAAAUUCUGCAAAUCCCCAGAUGGUAACAGUGCCAGUUUAAUGGCAGAUAAUUGAGCAGUUAGACUACAGGGGCAUGUUCAUGUUCCUAAAGGCACACUAUAGGCACAAAAACAAAAUUGGCUUCAUGAAACUGUUUUGGUGUAUAGACAAUGGCCCUGCAGUCUCCCUGCCUGAUUAUCUGCCAUUUAACCGUUAAAUCACUUUUCUUAUACAACUCUAGUCACUCCUCCCUGCAUCUGACUUGCACAGCCUUCCUGAACGCUUCAUAUAACGAGAUCUAAUGUUAAAACUUCCUUGUAUUGAACAUUCUGUUAAAAUUUUAAUUCUCCUGCUGUUAAUAGCGUCUAGACCCUGCAGGAGCCUUCUGUGUUUAAAGUUCAAAGACAGAGCAGGAGAUACAAAAAUCUGAAUUUAAAAUGUGUUUUUGUUCACAGCCAGGGAGGUGUGGCUAGGGCUUCAUAAACAAACAAAAGCGAUUUCACUCUGAAAUGGCAGACUUGAUCAGCGAGACUGCAUGGAGCAUGAUCUAUUAAUCAAGACUUCCUUAUUUAGCUAAAGUUGUUUUGGUGCCUAUAGUAUCACUUAAAGCAGUGGUUUCCAAACCAGUCCUCAGGGCAUGCCUACCAGUCCUAGAUUUAGGGAUUACCCAGUUUUCUAAGAAACCUUAGACACAACUGGGUAAUCCCUAGAUCCUCUAAGAUGGCUGUCUUGGUGCAUAGUGUCCCUUUUAACCAUGGUGCCCAACUGCUUAUUAGGAUCUUACAAUAAUUCUCUUGUGGGCUUAUAAAUUGUCUAACUGCAUACUGUUUAGAAUAGAUCUACACAAGGGGAUAUUUACUAAACAUUAGGUUGCAGUGAAAUAUUAGAAUUAAAAAAAGCUGUGGCUAAGAGAAUAUUUCCAAGUAAGCUGUUUAUGUGCUGCAAUUAACAUCAAAACUACUAUAAUUAGAUGCCAACCGAAUUAACCAUAGGUGUUCACUAAAUCUAGAUUUCCUCCACUAUUUCUGCUUUAAUUUGAUAUUCCCAUGUGACUUUCUAAUCGUUCAUGGUUUGGUGAAUAAGGUAGUAUUCCCAAUCCAUGCUUCCUAUAAGGCAGAUAAAACAUCACUUUGCCCUAGACUAGCGUUGUUAUAGCAGUUUUGCAGAUACAUUUGUGCUGGUUUGGGUUAACAAGACUUUGAGCCUGUUGUGUACUGCUAUGCUCUAAAAAUCUUUAUUGAUGUUGGUCUUAAUUUUAUUCAGACGCAUAGGAGUGGGUGGGCUUUAUUGAAUCAGUGACGUAAAAGAGUGAAGGUUAUAGAUUUUUCAGGCAGCUAGUGAAACUUACAAAAAGCCCUAUAAAUGUCAUUAAACAGCCCUGCAACACCGCACAUUUUCAUGGCAAUGAGUACUUGUAUACUGUUACGCUCGCUUAAGAGUGAAAUUUUACAAAAAUAAGAGUCGACACACUGACUAAAGUUGUUUUUUUUUUUUGUUUUUUCUCAGCCAAUAAAAUGUAGUAAGUGACAGGCACAUUAUUUACAGAUGACCCACAACUUUAGUGUUGGGUUUGGUAAUUAGAAAAAAACUUAUUCUAAUUGAGUAGAUGUAAAGUUCCUGCAGAACUUAUACCAUGGUAUGUCCCCUUAUGUUACAACCAAUAUAUAACAAAACAGAGGAUACAGCCAUUAAUCUAUAAAAAACUUAAAAUAGUGUAAUACAGUAAUGUCAAAUUAAUGCACUAUGCAGAUUGAAAUGUACCCACAGGACUGAUGUUUAAAUAGCCUCUGGGUGCCUCCCCUUAACUGUACGGGGGCUUUCAAAUUUCUCUUGUGGCUCCUCCAAGGACACUCUCAGGGACUGAGUAGAUUUUAAGUUGUCAAUUUAUUUGACAAAUUAAUUAUAUGCUUUUAAUGUUUACUAAGGUCCUACAAUGGACCCCUUCAGGGACCAAAAAACAAAUGGCUCUCCACUGUAAUGAAUGAUGUCCAGGUGGGACAAAGUUGAUAUUAAAAUGGACUGAACUUCUUUUGAUAUCCAGAGCCUGUGGUGUGUAGGGUUUUGUGAUCAAAUUCUUGUAGGUGUUAUAUUAUUGCAGUUGAAAUUGACUUCUAUUCAAUCACUAGUGAGGUUGGUCGAUUACUACUUACUAGUAGUCUAUGUUGCAAAUUAUCCCAAAGAUAUCAUCUUGCUGGGGUUGAGGUUGGGAUGUUGGACAGAAAAUGUUUAUUGGAUUGUGCAAUGCUGGACAUUUUCCUAUAGAAAGUCAUUGUUUGAAUUGGAUCUAUGGAGACGUAGCAAAAACCACGUAAACUACCCUAGGCUAUUUCUACUCUAGAAAAAUGAAGUUCAUACUUUGUUCAGACAGAAUGUUCACCUGGCACCUGUUAAACUCUGAAAUAGUGAUUUAUUACAAUUCAUCACAAUUCUAUUGAUCCUUAAUCCUAUGUUGGUGAAUAGGUACACAAUUCUAGUUGGGGCCUAGCUUUAUACAUGGUCUGGGGCUUCCACAUGGCUAUAGAAACAAUCCCUUAAAGUUCCUGAGUACCUUUAACCCUUUCCACUUGGAUAAAAUUUCAGUGUUCAAAUUUGCCAAAUUUAUUUAUAGAAAUCACUCCGUGGGUGCUUUUUUUUAAAAAAAAAAUUUUGUCUCCUUUAUCCGAUAACGUUAUGUCCCUCUGGGUGAGCCGUACGAUCGUCAAACUUGUAUGCUAUUCAUAUGUCACCAGGUGGGACAGUUGAGGGGAAAGGCUUAAAUGGCAUGUUGGAGUUGUAUAAUGAAUGUAAAGUGAUUACAAUCAAUCUUGUACACGUUGGCACUCUGCAGUCUCGUUCGUUUUGUGAUCGGCCACUUUGCUGCGGAGUUGUGUAUGUCUGUCCCGUCCUGUACCGUGUUAAAGGAACUUUCCAGUAUUGGCCGUUCUACAGACUAGGUUUUUUUAUUUGAAGAAUGCAUGGCCUUUAGGCUUUUCAAGAUGCCUAUAGUUGAUGGAUGCAUUCUUUCUAACAGGUCCAUGCAGAUACAUAUGUUAAUUAAUUUUAAAGAGAUUAAGUUACUUUGGUAUCUUUAUUAUAAGCAGCUUCUUAAUUUCUAUGCUAUCUUCAAAGCAUCAUGUAAUGAUACGGUUAAUGAUUUUCUCAAAACAUCCGGAUAUAAUCAGUGUUAUGAAGUAUUCAUAUUUAAGCUACCUGACUUCACCUUGGGCAGCAGUGUCAAGCCAGCCUGGAGCGAGAGAUUUUGGCUGGCUUUUGACAAUUCUGUGCAAAUGUCUUUAACACCUGCCUGUAGUGGGUAUGACGCUUGGAGAAACUUUGCAUGUUUUGCAAACCAAAUCUGUCUCCAGCCCUGUCAGUGUAAGACAGCUUACACUUCCGCCUCACAUGUCGGCUCGCUCAACUGAGUGUCUCAGUGACAUGGAAGUGACUUGCAGGUGCUGCUCCUAGGAGUGGGAUCUUAAAAGUUCUAACAGAUUGUCAUUAACCUUUCAUUAUCAUAACCACUUCAUGAAGACUGUCCCUUUAAACUGAGAACUACGGUAGUCCCACGCCUCCCCCCUCUCCUGUAGAUAUGUUUGCCUUGUCCAUCUGAUACUGUAGUCCUUGGCACCAAAUGAGUUUUUUUUUUUUUUUUUUUUAUUGAACAAAAAUCCCAUGUCGACUAGUCUUUACUCGAUGACCAGCUUUAGUGUGCGUAGGUGGAUAAAGCAUAGGGAACAAACAUUGUUUAUUGAUUAGAUCACCCUUAGUGUAUCUUGAAUUUAAUAGAAUAACACUUUAAAAAAAAACUAUCUUAAUCUUAAAAGGGCAUUCCAUACACGUUGGAAUGCACUUUGUUUAACCCCUUAAGGACCAAACUUCUGGAAUAAAAGGGAAUCAUGACAUGUCACACAUGUCGUCAUAUGUCCUUAAGGGGUUAACUACAUGAUGUAUUGUUAGGAAGUGUCCUACUCCCUCCCCAAUUUUAAAUCUCAUAAACGCUCCUACCCCACCCCAAUGUUUUGGAGGAAACCCUGUCAGAUAUACCUACAAAGUAUUGUAUCCAAGAAGGCUAUACAGUAAUGGGUGACAUAGUGGCUUCUACAGAAAUGGCAGAUGAGAAACAAUGCUUAAUCAUGCUGGUCAACACAAUUUUGGAGAAUCAGAUCUGCUCACACCUUUGCUUUGUUCAGCUACAUAGAUUGAGCAUUCUAAACUGUAUUCCCAAACAUCUGCAUUGCCAGAUUAUACUUUAUUUAGAAAGCACAAACACAUUCUGCAGCACUUUACAUGGGUACAAGUAAAGACAUUGUAAAAAUAUUAAUUAUGAUGUUGCGACCUCUGGUUUGUGCCAUGAUCAUUUGUCACUGCAGAAGGGUCAAAACUAUAGAAUGGGUAGAGGCCUGUCAUUUAGCAUUUCCUUUUUUUAAUAGCUUAGUUUAAAAAAAUUGCCAUCACCAUAGUCCUGGUUUUGCAUUCUAUGCCUCAUAAAAUAUUCCUAUUCCAAGGCAAUUUACAAUCUAGAUGAAUAGGAGGGGUGGGAAACAGGAGAUGGAGGACUAAAAAGAUGCAUUGUAACACCUGAGAUGACCACAUUUAUUAAGUGGAAUGUUAGAGUUGAGUGGCAAACUCAACUUUUAGGCAUAUUUGGGGGGGAGACAAGAACCUUUUACUUUGGGGGGGGAAAAGCCACGGUGAGCAGAAGUUGGUGGCACUCUAAACACCAUAACCUGCUUGCUGUAGUGAUUAUGGUGUUCCUGGAUCUGUCACCUGAAUGAGUCAAACCAUUUUUUUUGAAUAGUUUGACCCUUACCUUGGCUUUCUGGGUGCCCUUGGUCUGGUCGCUAGAUAUCUGUAAAGUGGAAGCUGCUACUUGGUGACAUCUAGAUCUUGUUUGGAUGGAAUUAAUUUGUUGAGAGACCAGUCCCAAUAAGGACAAAUGGAUAUCUAUUGUGGAAGUAGGAACAUCAGUGUUUUUUUAGGUAUAUCUGAAUUGGGGCCUGAUUACUAGCACCCAGUUAAAUGUCAAAACACUAAAAAUAAAUUAAUAAUCUCACUCUUACUCUGAGCUCCUGGCACUUAAACGUUAUGUAAUGGUGAUUAGACUGUUCCUUUAAAUACCUUAGCAAGGCUAAGAGGAAGAAGUUUCAUUUACUGUGUGGUUCUGAAACGUAGGUUUCGCUUCCGUCACAUGGGUCACUAGUUAAAAGGCUCUUGUGCUUGUGACAGGACAGUUUUUCCACUAGACUAGUGUAAUCAGUUAAUAAACCUAGCGUUCUGUGUGCAGCAGCUGUUGGGAAAGGGAGUACCGUAUGUUCACUGUCAUUUUACUGGCAAGUGUUUGUUUUGAAUACAAUUCACAAACCACACUGGUGGUUUGUUUACUAAAUAUGCUUAUUUUCUUUUUUUUUUUUCAGAGAGAAAUGA